AUGGGCGAGGCCCCGGCGCCGCCUCUGCUGGCCCUGACGCCUACCCUGCGGCCCCGGCGCUACCCUGCGGGGCCCCGGCGCCGCCUCUGCUGGCCCCGUCGCCUACCCUGCGGCCCCGUCGCUACACUUCCCGGCCCCGGCACCGCCUCUACCGUCCCCGCCGCCGUCCCCACGCGGCCCCGCCGUCACCACCGAGCCGCCGGCGCCGCCGAGCCGCCCGAGCCACCUGAGCCACCCGACCCACCUGAGCCGCCCGAGCCGCCCGAGCCGCCCGAGCCGCCCGAGCCGCCCGAGCCACCUAAGCCGCCCAAGCCACCGCGCCACCUGAGCCGCCCGAGCCGCCGGGUAGAUGACCUGCAGCUUUUCCUACAGUGCGAUAGGGCAGACGGUCUCUCCCUCUUUGACCUCACUUCUGGUGCCUCUCCUGCCCCUGCUGCUGAUGCUGACGCCACUGUUCGCUCACAGUGGGCCACACGCGAUGCUGCUGCACGUCUUGCUGUGCGUCGCCACCUGCCUACCUCUGAGCGUGCGCACUUUAGCCCGUACAAGAGUGCUCAGACCUUGUACGACGCUGUAGUUGCACACUACUCCUCCCCUGCCACUGCUGCACUGAACCGCCUCAUGCUACUGUACCUCUUCUUUGACCUUGCUGCCUUUCCCACAAUCACUGACCUCAUUACGCACCUCCGCACUAGUGACACUCGCUACCUCGCUGCGCUUCCUGCUGAAUUCUGUGCCAAGAACCCCCCCCCGAUGUACAUCACCCUCUACUACAUAGUCACCCGGCUCCCAGACUCUCUCCGCGUACUUAGGGACCACUUCCUCUCAGUUUGCCCCACCACUCUCACCGUUGACCUCCUCGUGAAGGCCCUCCUAGCGGCAGAGAAGAGCAUAGUCGCUGUAGGAGCCUCUCGUGGUGACCCUCGCACCCCCGUCUUUGAGGGGUGUUCCCCCUCUCCCCUUUUGCCCUCUGUUGCCUCUGCUGCUGCGGCCGACCUCGUUGGUCUCGAGUCGGUCGGUGCUGCGUCUGCCCCGAGCGGGAGACGCCGCACCGGCAAGGGCAAGGGGGGCAAGGGCGCUGGAGGGGCGGGCGGGGGCAGUGGAGGUGGCGGUGGCAGCAGUGGAGGGGGUGGGGGUGGUGGUGGGAGUGGUGGCGGGGGUGGAGGUGUCGGUGGCGGCAGUGGAGGCGGAGGCGGAGGCGGCGGUGGCGGUGGGGGCGGAGGUGGCGGAGGUGGCGGCGGAGGAGGAGGUGGCGGCGGAGGAGGCGGAGCUGGUCGGGGUGGCGCUGCGCAGAGGGUCGGCUCCGGUGGUGGUCAGCGCCAGCAGCAGCAGCGCACUCGUGAAAUCCCCCCCCCCCUCAGCAGCUCCGUGAGUGGUACGCUGCACGCCAGCGGGGUGGGGGUACUGGUCCGUGCACCUACGUCCUACGCACCAGCGACCGCGCGUGUGAGCAGUGCGGGGGUGCGCACUCCACCCAGCGCUGCUCUGGCCGCCUGA